AUGCAUGACUGCUGUUUGAAAGCAUUCCGCUGGAAUGGCAGCCCUGCCGGAGAGGAAACAAAAUUAGCGGAUCUCAAUUGCUACCGCACAGGAUCUAAUUCGAAAGCUGCUAUCCUACUGGUCCACGAUCUUUUUGGCUGGACCUUCUCCAACACACGGCUGCUAGCCGAUCAUCUGGCAGAGGAGGUUGGUGCUACCGUCUACGUACCGGACUUUUUCGGAGGCGAGGCCCUCCCUGUCGACGCCUUGCUCGAUCAGAGCAGAUGGAACGAACUUGACCUUACCGGGUUUCUUAACCGCAACACAAGGGAUGUCCGAGAGCCGCAGAUUUUCAACUGCGCCCGGGCUCUGCGCGUCACCAAUCAGUACGCUUCUCUCGGGGCAAUUGGAUUUUGCUUUGGCGGUUGGGCGGUCUUUCGUCUCGGGGCAAAAGCAGUCGGGCUCGUCGAUUGCGUUUCCACCGCACACCCUACCUUCCUGGAGGAGCGGGAUAUUCGAGAGAUUGGAGUGCCGGUGCAGAUCAUGGCCCCUGAACAUGAUCCACAAUUCAACGCGGAAUUAAAGGCUUACAGUAACGAAGUCAUUCCAACGCUGGGGGUGCCAUACGACUAUCAAUAUUUCCCUACUUUGACACAUGGGUUCGCAACGCGCGGCGAUCCGCGAGAUAAGAGUGAGAGGGCGGGCAUGGAGAGGGCAAAGAAUGCCGCAGUCUUGUGGUUCCGACAGUGGCUACAUAGACCCACUGCUUGA